AAACAACAGCAGCACUGACAGCACCGUCGCAUCCUACUGAAGUAUUAACCAGAGCGACAAAACUGCACAGCCUUGACCAUUAGGAAACCGUCCAGCCUAAACCAGGCACUGCUAUGUUGAAACGUGUUAGAUAUGACUGAUGUCGAGGUGACAUAUGAAGACUUCAUCGCCUCUGGAAGGACCGGCCGACGCAAUGCUGUACACGAAAUCCUGGGAACCUCCGGCGGCCUGGACGCUAGCGGACUCUCCCAAACUCUGUCAGAGCUCAAUAUCAGCAAAGCAGAGGCAGGGAAUGAUGAAGAGAAAAACCAAAGCUUGGCAGACUCUGAACCCAAGCAGGAAGAAGGCAAAGGGGAAGGUACAUAACAGACUUCAGUGACAGAAUCAGGAAAUACCCCCUCUAGUGGCUGAUUUUAAAAUUGAGCAUUGAGGGGUUGACGCUGAAAGUAGAGGAGCAUCCCUCUCCCUUAAGGAUCCAGAUGGAGGAGACUUUGCUUUGAGGAAGCUACUGUGAAAUGCUGGGCCUUAAGACUCACAGCGAAGCUGUUUUUCGACAGCGAAUGCUAUUUUAGAUGAUGUAGGUAUGAUUUUUACUUAGAAAUUCACAUUAGUUGUUUGUUACUUAGAGUGACUGGUGGGAAUUUGGGUCAGAAGUAAUAACAUUAGAAUGGCAAAGACACUCUUGGGAGAUCACAUGGAUCUUAUUUGGGAUGCCACCCACUGAACUCUUGAUUUUAGAUUAACUUAUUAACUGCCAGAGUAGCGCAGCUAAUACGCACUCAAUGUUCAGUCGUUUUAUUGGUGUAGUGUUGUAAUAGUAAUAUCAGAUUUUGAUAUUAAAUUGUGCUGUCUUUGAUAUCAUGUUGAUAUUCACAUACUAUAAGUGCUGCACUUUUGUUAAACACUCACUGAGUUCAGAUUAAACUGUCUAUGAUGGUCUUGCAUGGCACUGCUCUUGACUGAAUACCUGUGUGUAACUGUUCACAUCCCGCAAAGGACUAUUCAUUUGUGAUCCGAACAUUUGCAGCGUGUGGUGAUGCUAAUUCCUUGAGUGUUUUAUGAUGAAAAUUCUUCUUGUAUUAUGAAAUCAAGCGUGAUUUUAAGUCUGACUGACACUGCCUAUUAACCCUUUUGAAAAUGUGUUCAAUAGAGCUUGCCUUAUCAAACCUCUGCCCAUUUUUUGUCUUCCAGUCAUUAGCUCUACAUCCUCAAUUUUGCAUAAAUAUAUUUGAUGAUAUUUUCAUCUGUGGGCAUGUAAAUAUUUGAAUAAAUUUAAGCAAUC